UUUUGGUAUUAAUUUGUCACGUAUGUUCAUAUAUUCAAGUCGUAUUUGGAAAUAUUUUUUUUGGUGAUAUGAGAAUCAUGUAACCAGUUAAAGAAACUUGAUAUAUCAUGGAUAGUACGGAACCCUGCUUUAUAAAUAAUAGAAAACAUGGAAAUGUCAACUGGCUGCCUUUUCUCAGACAGAUGUUUAUAUCAAGUGGCGUGUGGACCUUCGCUUUUAUGUUUGGGCUAAGUUUUGGAGUACCCACAGUGGCUAUCCCACAGCUGAGGAAAGAAUACAAUGAGACUUCAAUGAUUGACAUUCAUUUGGAGUCGUGGCUUUCGUCAGCCAUGCUUUUUGGUGGCAUUCCUUGGGUGUUCAUACUGACAAUCUUAGUUUACGCUAUAGGCCGGAAAAAAACAUUUCUCAUAAUAUCAAUAACAUCACUCAUAGGUUUUAUUAUUGUAUACUUCGGAGCUUCUAUCACAUACAUAUUUAUUUACCAAGUAAUUCAGGGCCCGUUAGCUGUAUCACAAAUGACUACAUCGUUCCUCGUCGAAUACAUUUCACCGAAAUACAGAGGUGUGUUUUGUACUGUACAAGUUGGUACUAUGUUUUGGGGUAUUUGGGUCUCUAACGCCAUUGGGACCUUCUCCCAUUGGAGCAAUAUCAUUUUGGUUGGCAUUAUCUGUGCUUUGUACAACGUUAUAAAUGUCUUCCUUUGGCCCGAGUCUCCUUACUGGCUAUCAAUCAAAGGAAGAUUUACCAAAUGUAUUGAAUCUCACAGAUGGUUGAAAGGAAUAGACGAAAGGUCCGAAAAAGAAUUGGCAGAUCUGCUCAAAAUUAAUAAAGAUACAACUAAAUUAAAUGCGACAUUUAUUCGAGAACAUACUAGAGAGUUUUUUAAAGUAAUACUUUUACCUGAAGUGUAUAAACCUUCAGCUUUAUGUCUCCUUACAAUUAGUAUGUACCAUUUGUCAGGUAAAGUUGUUUAUACAAUUUAUUCUUUAACUGUUAUUAAAAAGAUUACCGGCAAUGAAUCAACAGCAUACAUCGGAAUGUUAAUUUUAGAUGGCAUUACUGUAGCCAGUUUAUAUUCAGGCAGUUUUUUAACUUUAAUUCUUACAAGACGAAUGUUAUUACUGUCUACUUCACUUUUAACUAGUUUAUUUUUAUUAUCACUCUCUCUUUACGCAUAUUUAAUUAAAUCUUCAUUAAUUUUUGAAAAUGUAUUUGUAACUAUUACAUUGCUCACGUUAUUUUCUUCAGUUGUAAGUGUAGGACCAUUGUGCAUUAAUGGUAUUUUGAUAGGUGAAUUGAUGCCAUUAAAGUCAAGGAGCGUUUUUGUUUUCAUAUUUACAUUGUACGGUAAAUGUUUAGUAGCAAUUAUGAUCAAAGUUUCUCCUUAUCUUUUCAAAUACCUUGAUCUACAUGGAUCAUUCCUGUUUUAUGGUAUCGCUAUGUUUGUAUGUCUUUGUCUAACAUACAAGUACUUGCCCGAAACGAAGGACAAAACAUUGAUUGAAAUAUCAGAAAAUUUCAAGAGAACGGAAGGUUCCUUUGAAGAAGUGAAAGAAUUAAUGUUAAUUCAUACUUGUGAUAGCAAUAAAUUGAAAAGUGCUUCAUCAAAGAAUUGUACCUGA